AUGACCGAAGGUUUAUUCACCUCCGAACAAGGCAUACGUGGUGGAGAUCUAAACCAUGGACCCCAUCCCACACGCACCAUCGGUCUCACCGAGUUCCAGCGACGCAACAAAUACGGCUCCUACCAACAUCUGAGACCAGUCCUUCCGCGGAGAAAUGCUGGCAUAUACCUUCUUCCUCGUGCUCCCGAUGCGACUGUUACCGCCAGUGUGAUCGAAGUCAAUAUCAAUGAUGGUACCACUACCUCUAAACUGACAGAAGUGCCAGCUGCAACCACGGGUACGGUUGUUGAUCUCUCGGACCUUGGCUCAGUGACGGUUCCUGGAAUCUCGGCUGCUACCGAUGGAAGUGGGAUAAUUACAGGUUCACAAACAUCCAUCACUACGCCCCCUGCCACUUCUCUCCCAGGCUCAAGCACGACUUCUGGUCUCAGUCCGGCCGGGUCUGUACUCUCCGAUGCUCUUAACGGGACCACAACCGGUUCUGAUACUUCUUCUGAGCACACUGUUACGGUAACCGCAACCUCCACUUUUGAGGUAUCGUUGAUCAACGGCACCGUCAUCGUUACAAGUUCGAGGGAUACAACUACAACCAAAACCGGUACCAUUAGGGUCACAGCGUCUCUCACCUCGUCUUCAGCUGAGUAUACAUUUGGCCAACUGACAGAAACCACAACAUCUAUAGAUGAUGGAUCCAUAUAUAAUGCACCUUCCACAAGCUAUUUCACCGGCGUUGCGAACACAGGCGUGGCAGGUUCCCCUACUGCCUCAUCGCCUUCCUCAGCAACCUCUGACUCAAACUCCGGUUCUGGGGGAAGUGGACCAGGUCUGACUCCCCAACAGCAAACUGUCGUUGGCGGUGUCGUCGGCGGUGUUGCUGGAAUAGCUCUGUCUCUGGUAAUCGUGCUUUUCCUUCUCAGGUGGUAUCGUCGCCGUCUAAAGUCUCGCGGAGAGCUUCCAGAACAAAUUGCAGCUCGCGAAUUAACAGACGCCAGUGGCCCCUCCUACCCCAUGUCUCAACGUUCAUCCACUACUCCACUUGCGGCCGCUGUCGUUCAUAAUCUAAGACGCCUACGUCCUCACAGCAAUCAAACUGUGGACACGUCUAUCACCGGUACGACCGACCUCAGUGUCAGAGACUCCGAGAGGGGUUUCCAGAGGAUUGCUGGUCGAAAAAUCGCGCCUGUCCUCGCCGGUGGAGGCGAUCCAUAUGGAGGCAAUUAUGGGGCUUUCGAAAAGGAGACCGGAGCAAGUCCAGAAAAUCCACAGCCUAACCAGGGACGAGGCCUCUCGAGUGCUUCGUUCUACCGAGAUAGCGAUGGAUUUUAUGGUGGAAACGGAGCACAUUCACCAACAUUCCCGCCGUCUCCAACAACCGCAACAACUGGGGCUAGGACUGCUGACCUUCCUACGAUCGGCUCUGCAUCCAGCACUCGGGAUUUUGCCGAACCUUCCAUGCCUAUGGCAACUAGUACCAGCCAGAUCUCACUGAACUCACCAAGUCGACCUGAUGGCUUCGCGGUGAUGCGCCCUAGCCCAGCGAGGACCCCAGUGACUCUAAGUCCCGCUGCCAGCUCUAUCCGUCUACCAAUUCAGCAGCCAGCCACAUUGGCUGAUGAUGCCCCGCCACUACCAGUACCACUGAGUGUUCCUAUCUUGGGCAUGCAGAGAGAUGGUGUUGGUAGAAGUCUCGCAAGUCAAGAUGGGAGUCGCGUAAGCAAAAGUAGUGGCAGAAGUGCUGGAAGAUUCGUGGAGAACAUGUAA